AAAUGUCAUAGCUAAAACUUCAAGUAAUAGGGAUUUCAUAUUUUAGCAUUGCUCUAGUUCAUGUGCUCAGAGUUCUUCAUGUAAGAUUCAACCAAUGAUGCAUGGAAGGUAGCCAGAUCCGAUAAGUGCCUAGCAAUAGGAAAAUUUAAUCAAUUUAGGAAAUACAGAUUAGAAGAGAAGGAACAGUUGUGCUGGGGAUCGUUUCAUUCCAAUGAUCAAGAAGAAAUUCAAUAUACUUUCAGAAACUAAGGCUCCAGCCCAAGACAUAGCAUCAUCUUAGGCAGCUUUGGAGAUGCUAUAUAAACAAUAAAUUCUUGAUUAAGAACCUGUAAUGGAGCCAGAAAAUGGUUCAUUAAAAUUUGUGAAUCAAAAUAAUUUCUAAUACAAGAAUGAACAUCUCCAUUAUAUAGAUUCUAUAGAUCCAAAAAAUUAUAAUAGGUAAACAAUAUAAAAAUAAUAUAAGUCCUUUGGUAGAUCACAAAUACUUUGCUUUGCCAGAAACUAUGUCAAGUUAUUAUGGGAAAUAUAUAAGGAAAAUUCCAAAAGUACCUUUUAAAGUUUUAGAUGCCCCAUAAUUAUAAGAUGAUUUCUAUUUAAAUUUAAUAGAUUGGAGUAAUUAAAAUACUCUUUCUGUAGCAUUAAGUAAUUGUGUAUAUUUAUGGUAUGAUUUUAAUUUAAAAGUAGGAAUGCUUAAUCAUCAAAAGUAACAAAAUUACUAGAUCUAAGUAAUGAUAUAGUCACUAGUGUUGGAUGGUCUUUGAGAGGUCCUUUCUUAGGAGUAGGAACUAACAAUGGUGAAGUAUAAAUUUGGGAUGCUUGUAAAUUAUAAAAAGUAAGAACUUAUAAAAGUCAUGUUGCAAGAGUAGGUACUCUAUGUUUUGCUGAGAAUAUGUUAAGUAGUGGUUCAAGAGAUAAAUCUAUACUUUAAAGAGAUUUAAGACAAAAAGAAGACUUUUUCUUUAAAUAGACUGCUCAUAAAUAAGAAGUUUGUGGAUUAAAAUGGUCACCAGAUAGUCAAUUAUUAGCUUCUGGAGGAAAUGAUAAUAAAUUAUAUAUUUGGAGUGCAUCAUAACAUGAUAAACCUAUAUUCAAAUUCACAGAACAUUAAGCAGCUGUAAAAGCAAUAGCAUGGAGUCCACAUUAACAUGGUUUAUUAGCAAGUGGUGGAGGAACUGCAGAUAAAACUAUAAGAUUUUGGAAUGCUUUAGAAGGCAAAUUAUUAUCAAAAGAAGAUACUGGAAGUUAAGUUUGUAAUUUAAUGUUCAGUAAGAUGGAAAAUGAACUAAUAUCUACUCAUGGUUACAGUCAACAUUAGAUUAUUCUUUGGAAAUGUAAUGGAAUGAAAAGAAUAGCUACUUUGGUUGGACACACUAGUCGGUAAGAAUUCUAUUUAUAAAUUUAAUAGUGUUCUCUAUUUAGCAAUGUCUCCAGAUGGAUAUACUAUAGUAACUGGAGCAGGAGAUGAAACAUUAAGAUUUUGGAAUAUAUAUCCUUAAAGUCUUGGUGAAUCAUCUAGCAAUAAAUGCUAAUUGGUACCACAAAAUAUCAGUAUACGUUGA